CCUCCUCUCUCUCUCUCUCUCUCUCUCUCUCUCUCUGACUAUUCGUUUCACGUCGUUUGCAUUGAGUCAGUAACCGUCGGCUUCAUCCAGUCACCCGCCCGCGCCCCAUCCCUCUGACAUUUCCUUGUCUCUCUCCGCUCGUCUCUCUCUCUCUCUAGGUUUUUCUCAGGUUUCUUGUGAGGUUUUAAGCUGGGAAGAGGGCGAAUGUGGGUCUAGGGUUUCUCUCUUCUUCCUCUCUAGAAUGUUUUUUGGGGUGAUGAAACCUUUUUAGAUGGGGAAGAAGGAGAGUAAUAAGGGUCUCUAAUUUUCUCUCUCUAGUUUUUUUCUGGUUUUCUAGGGCUUUUAGCAGGGUUAGAGGGAGGCUUGGGUAUCUCCUCUCUCUCGCUCUGUGUUUUUUGUGUUUUGAUAAAGUAUUUUUUUUGUGUUUUGAUAAAGGAUUUUUAGUAUUGGAAGAGAAAAUUUUGGUUUUGGAUAGGGAACUAAAAAGAGGAAUGGAACUUUUAGAAGGUGUUGGUGAGAGCCCUUCUCCACCUCGUGGGUUCGCGGUGUCUCAGUAUGAGGUCUGGAACGAUGUCUAUGACAGGCUUGUGGGAAGUUGCCAUGAAGAAGCUGCUGCUCCUGAUUUCAGAGAACAAAUAGAAGCUCAUUUCAAUCGCUUGCCUCCUAGUUACGGAUUCGAUGUCAACUUAGAGAAGGUGGAAGAUGUCCUUUUACACCGAAAAAUUCUUCAACUUGCAAAGAUACCUGAAAUGAGGCCUGUCUUCCAUGUCCGUUUUAUGGAGAGUAUUCUGACUAGGAUUGAUGGAGAUGAUGACCCACAUCGAUCCAAGAAUUGUACUUCAUUGUCCAGAGGAUGCCAUGCUGAGCAUAGAAAAGAUAUUCUCUUAGAUAACAGGGAUUCUGAGAAUGAAAUUGAGCCAUUGUCAAAGCUUGAAGGCUUAAACUUGGAUUCGAGAAAAAAUGCUAAUGAUUCUGAGGAGCAAAGUAUCAUGGCAGCUUCUGGAAGUCAGGAGCUUUCUUGGGUGCCAUUGCAUGAAAUUAUAUUUUCUACCAUUGACAAGCCAAAGCUAUUGAGCCAGCUCUCUGCUUUGCUUUCUGAUAUGGGACUAAACAUCCGUGAAGCACAUGUUUUCUCAACAAAUGAUGGCUACUCCUUGGAUGUGUUUGUGGUUGAUGGUUGGCCUUCAGAGGACACAGAUGGGUUGCAUAAAGCUCUGGAUAAAGCUAUUGCUGGAAGUGAGGCUGCAUGGUCAGGCUCAUCCCCAUCACAUUCAGUGGUUGAUAGGAUCCAAAGGGGAAUUCCUAACCUUGGGGAUUGGGAAAUUGACCAACGUUUCUUGAAGAUGGGAGAGAAGAUUGCUUCUGGAUCCUGUGGUGAUUUGUAUCAUGGCACUUACCUGGGUCAGGAUGUUGCGAUAAAGACCAUAAGAGCUGAGAAUUUAAGUGAGGCAUUGGAGGUUGAAUUUGCUCAAGAAGUUGCCAUAUUAAGGGAAGUUCAACACAGAAAUGUAGUCCGUUUCGUUGGUGCAUGCACGAAACCUCCACAAUUAUGUAUUGUUACAGAGUUCAUGUCAGGAGGAAGUCUAUAUGAUUUUUUGCACAAGCAUCAGAAUAUUCUGGAGCUUUCUUUUUUGCUCAAGUUUGCAAUCGAUGUGUGCAAAGGAAUGGAAUACUUGCACCGGACUGACGUAAUUCACCGGGAUUUGAAGACGGCCAACCUGCUAAUGGAUUCUGAUAAUGUUGUUAAAGUGGCUGAUUUUGGUGUUGCCCGUUUUCAAAAUCAAGGUGGCACCAUGACGGCAGAAACUGGCACAUACAGAUGGAUGGCGCCUGAGGUUAUCAAUCAUCAACCAUAUGAUCAGAAAGCUGAUGUUUUCAGUUUUGGUAUAGUAUUAUGGGAGCUAGCAACAUCCAAGGUUCCUUAUGAUAACUUGACACCUCUUCAAGCUGCCCUUGGAGUGAGAGAGGGGAUGCGGCCAUCACUACCUGAGAAUGCUCACCCUAGGCUACUAGCAUUGAUGCAGAGAUGUUGGAAUGGGGAUCCUCGUGAAAGGCCCUCUUUCUUGGAGAUUGGAAUCGAAUUAGAGGAUCUAGUACAGGAGAUGACUAAGGAUACUGCAAAGAAAUAGAGAUACACCAAAGGAAUGAUGUAUAUCAAUCAAGCAUACCAGAUUUUUGGAUUUUCUUGGAUUGGGUUUGUCAUCAUGAGGUGUUUGAAAAGAUGGGUAAAGAUGUUUUCAUAGAAAUCGUUGUUCAUAGUGCCGGGGUUAAAUGUGUUGAAUGGUUUGGUUUGUUGUUGCCUGGUAGAUUCGCCCAUUUUCCUAUUUGAGUUUGGUGUUUUGUUGUCUAGGACGUUCUUACCAUUUUAUAGUUACUUUGUAGUAUGGACUAUCUCUCUGUGUGUGCGCGCUAAUUUUCUCUUGUUCUCUUUUGGAAAUGUUCCCUCCAAACUCUCUCCUAGUUCCUGACUUUUUGACCCCAUUUAUUGGAGAUGUAAUUUACUUGACUUAUCAUUCGUUAAACAUUCUUGAAAGUAGAAAUGGAAUAUGCAUUCUAGAA